GGAACACCAGUUUACGAAGUCUGGACACAUGGACAGAGCGCAUGUCCAGGUCGCGUUCACUACCACGAACGACGAUGAGCGCGUGAAGCUGUACUCCGUGGACGACAAUUGCUAUGGAUGCAUCAUGCAACCGAUGACGCGGGAAGACUGCGACGCGAGCCGAGACGACUGCGCCGACCUCGCGCCGAACGAGAACUAUACAUUUGUGGUCCAGACAGUGUAUCCAUUCACGAUGGAGCUGCGCAACCUGGACGGGGACAAGUUGUGGGUCGCAACCGGCAUCAUGUUUGACGAACAUGGCAACUACUCCCUUGUCGCCAACAGAUCCGAGACUGGUGCAGUGACUUCAUCCAUGACCAAGACGAGCGACGGAUCGUCCAACGCGCUCAUCACGGUGCUGCUGGUGCUGGUGUUGUUGUGGCCCUUGGCUUGCUUUGGGUUGUUUUCUUGGCGUAAACACAAGGCCUCCCGUCGCCAUAACGUUACCGUCACUGCUACCCACGCAGCUAACGCCAUGCACAGCGACAUCCACGUGGACGAAAUGCUGCAGGAACUUCCGCCUUCGCCUGAAGCCGUGGCCAACAAGAAGCCGCCCCGCGUCGAGUGCCUCGACGUGUUUCGAGGUGUGACCAUCUUCACCAUGAUCUUCGUCAACUUGGGCGGUGGCGGGUACUGGUACUUCACCCACGUGGCGUGGAAUGGACUGUCGGUCGCGGACGUCGUUUUCCCGUUCUUCGUGUGGAUUAUGGGGGUUACCAUGAACAUUGGGGUGGCGUCCCAUGUGAAGAAGCGCACGCCGCUGUUGAAUAUGCUGCUGGACGCCGUUUUGAGAUCGGUCCGACUGUUUUUGCUUGGGUUGUUGCUUGUCAACGACUUUCGAAGUCUCCACGGCGGCCGCAUCCCAGGAGUGCUGCAGUCGUUUGCGUUUGCAUAUUUGAUGGUGAAUGUCGCCAUCAUUGCUGGUUUGGCGUGCAAGUCCAGUGGAUAUCUCCAGCGAGCGGUGGAAGGCGCGGUGAUGCUAGUGGUGGUGGCAACCAACCUAGGGAUUGCCUUUGGGCUGCCAGUGCCUGGGUGCCCCACGGGGUACUUUGGUCCGGGGGGUAUUGGCGAUGGGGGGCUCUAUGCAAACUGCACGGGUGGCGCGCACCUGGUUGUGGACUUGGCGAUAUUCGGAGACAGUUAUCUCAACCAGGGCGGCACGCCGGCGUCCGUGUACGAGACAACUGGGUCAUGGGACCCCGAAGGCGCGUUAAACUGGCUCAUGGUGUCGUUCAUGGCUUAUAUUGGCUACGUACUUGGUGGGUGGUUCCUCAACGAACCGGGUUGGGUACGUCAGUCAGGGUACGGUACAGUGUACGUACGGCUAAUGUUGAAGGCAGGUGCGUAAGACGGGGCUGUUGUUGGGCAGUGGGGCUGCGAUGGGACUCACGGGGCUGGUCCUGUGCGGAUUUCGAAUCAACGGCGGGUUCAUUCCGAUCAACAAGAACCUGUGGAGUCUGUCGUUUGUGCUGGUCGUGUCGGGGCUGGCGUGUGCUGUGCUGGCAGCCACGUUCCUCUUGGUGGACAAGUUUGGUAUCUGGGGCGGCACUCCCUUGAAACAAAACGGCAUGAACGCCAUUGCUUUGUACAUUGGGCAUGAAAUGCUGAUGAACCACGCGCCGUUCUCGUGGGACCGCGAUACGUCGUCGCAUGUCGAGAACACGCUGAGCAACUUGGGCGGCGCCGUGUGCUGGACCAUUGUCGCAAUGUGGCUACACCAAGCGGGUAUCUUUAUUACUGUUUAAUGCACGUUAUUGCGCACAAUAUAGCGAAGCCGUUGUUUAUAUUGUCAAGUCGAUUCGAAAU